UCAACACGGACAUUAUCAGGGCUACACCAACGAUGCCAGCCAGAGAACUAGCUAGCUUCGCCGGUUGUUACUGACAGCCACACGUCUCUUAGCUUACAUACUCACUACUAUAUUCUCGCUUUAAUUUAGGUAACUGCUGCAGAACCGAAUGACAGCGACUGAGCCGUCUGUGUGCCUCUGUUUUCUUUGUUUGUAUCCAGCUGAAGCGCUAAAAUGAGAGAAGGGGUGUGUGUGGUGUGACUCAGCUCUUGGUGUGUAGCCAUGGAGAAGCCCUGGAGGCUGUGGGGUGCAGUAGAACGCUGCACCCUGGCCCUGGUCUCCUGGUCCUGGGGAACCUGUCGCAUUUCCCUCCUGGCUCUCAUCCUAACCUUCCAUCUCUAUGGAGGGUUCUUUCUCCUGGCACUCAUUCUGGCUUCUGUGGCGGGCAUCCUCUACAAGUUCCAGGAUGUACUCCUCUACUUUCCCGACCAACCCUCAUCCUCUCGCCUCUAUGUUCCCAUGCCAACAGGAAUCCCACAUGAGAAUGUGUACAUUCGCACCAAGGAUGGUGUGAAACUCAACCUCAUACUGCUUCGUUACACAGGAGGGGACACACCUGCUGGGGUCUCCUCUGGCAAUCAAACAAACCCCACUUCCUCUGCUCCACCCACUAUCCUUUAUUUCCAUGGUAAUGCAGGAAAUAUUGGGCACAGGGUGCCCAAUGCCCUACUGAUGCUGGUCAACUUGAAAGCCAAUGUGGUGCUGGUGGACUACCGUGGCUAUGGGAAGAGUGAAGGUGAGCCCAGUGAGGAUGGGCUGUACCUGGAUGCUGAGGCCACAUUGGACUAUGUCAUGACCCGUCCCGAUCUGGACAAGACCAAAGUGGUGCUAUUUGGCCGCUCACUAGGAGGUGCUGUGGCAGUGCGCUUGGCCUCAGUUAACCCUCACCGCGUAGCAGCCAUUAUCGUAGAAAACACCUUUCUCAGCAUCCCCCACAUGGCAGCCACACUCUUCUCCUUCCUGCCCAUGCGCCUGCUGCCCUUGUGGUGCUACAGGAACCAGUUCCUGUCCUACCGGCAGGUAGCACUGUGCCGCAUGCCCUCUCUUUUUGUGUCUGGUCUCUCUGACCAGCUCAUCCCACCAGUAAUGAUGAAACAACUGUAUGAGCUGUCCCCUGCACGGACUAAACGCCUGGCCAUCUUCCCAGAGGGCACACACAACGACACCUGGCAGUGUCAGGGCUACUUCGCUGCCCUGGAGCAGUUUAUUAAAGACCUGCUGAAGAGCCACGCCCGUGAGGAAAGUGCCCAGUCCUCUUCAAGUGUCACAAUUAUCUGAGAAAGGGUCAUGGAAAUAAUUCUCUUGACUAGGUUAUGGACUGGAAAGUGUGAGGGCUAUCAGUGACAUGAAUUGGAUGGACUUAAUUGGGUUUGGACAGAAUGUACAUUUUUUAUGCUUUUGUCUGGGUUUGUAUUUUAUUUCAUUGUUUUUAUCUUUCUGUAAAUUUACCAUAUUGAACAAAAAAGACAGAUUUAAUUGAGUAUUUAUGAGGUUUUUGAGGGAGGGUAUGGAAACAUUGCCUUCACAGGGUUUUUUGUGUUGCAGCUAUGAAUGCAUGUAUUUAUGGCCUUUAUGAAUGAUGUAGGAGCAUACAGUACAUGUUCACACUGUAAGACACAGCACAACUAUGAAAGAAUCUGCUAUAGAAGCUCUGCUGAAAGAAAUCAAUCAUGAAAACAUUUACUCAUACAAUAUACUGAGGGUAUACAGUAUUUCAAUGAAAACAGGUUGCUGAUGGAAUAAAGUUGAGCAGCACAUGUUUAAUAAACUCAUGAAAAAAGACUGAUAGUAGGUAUAUAUAUAUAUAUAUAAUUUUUCUUUUUGCAUUGCAUUGUUGUGUUCAGAUUCAUGUAAGUGUUGAGUUAUGUAGGCUAUGAUCUUUGAGCUGUGCUUAGAAGAGCAUCAGGUUUUUUUUGUUGUUGUUGGUUAUACUGAGUACUUGCAAAAGCUUAGCAUGUCAUGACAGUGUAGAUUUCUUCUUAUACCCUCGCAAAUUUCAUUUGUUCUAGACAGCCAGAAAUUGGGUUAUAAUAAAUACGUGGUAGAAACUUGUGCUGUUGAAUAAUCAAGCUUUCAGUCACACAAAGUAAUUGUUGGCUGAGAGGUAAUGGUCAGAAGGACAAAGAUUACACAUUUGUCACAAAGUUGCACAUAAUAAAUAAGUUACGUCUCUAUAUCCUGUCAACCUUACUUUCUCUCUAUACUACUGUAAUGAACUACAAGGUAUUCUCCCAAGUGCUGUCUCAAAACACAGCCAGUCAACCAUCUAGUCUUCGCUCUUGCCCUCGACCACUGAACAGGUUCACGUCCCCCAGAGAAUUUGGCAAGGAACAUUUGCGCUGUGUGUGGUUUGUAGUUAAAGAUUUAUAUAUGAGACUUGUGUUUUUUUUCUAAAUGAUAGGAGUAUUUGAUUAUAAUGAACAUCAUAAUUGUUAAGUCGAGGACCAGUUUGUCUUCUCACCCCAUGCUUAUGUGUCAAAAUGGCUUUACUCACUUGGAGGGCUUUUAACGAGCUAAUUAACCUUUCCUGCAUGUCUUCCAGGAGGUGGAGCAGAACUAAAGGAACAAAACACUUAUCUGCUCUCGCUCUCCAAAUGCAGCACAGUGCACUCACUGCAGUGCUAUUGAAGCCAUUCAAAUACACUCAACAGAGAUUUGCUUAGCAUCAGCAGCCAUAUUUGAUACUGUGUGCUAAACAAAAUACAACAGACACUUAAGAGACCAAAUUUGUGUGUUUCAAUGUGAUAGCACCGUGAACUGCAGUCUAAUUCUACUACAUGAAUGUACAGUGUGGGUAUAAAUUAACCAGUGUGCUUUAUGAGAAAUAAUGUAUAGAUUGUCUUUUUUCCUUUUCUCCUGUGACUUUUUAUUCACCAGUGGCACAGUUCUUUAGUCCAUAGUCUGAGCCAAUAGUUUCAUAGUUUCAACAGUUUCAUGCAUUUAUAUAUGAUUCCAGAUGCACUAGCACAGUUAGAUCAUGCAUUAAAUUUUCUUGGAUUUUCAUGCUCCCAUAUGCUGGUAUUGGCCAUCACAUCUGAAAUUGACAAUGUGGAGUGUACAUGGCUUUCAAAAAACUUUGCACGCUUUCAUUUACACACUUUGAACUAAUGACGUUAGCUUGCAUUGCACCAUCUCUCUGUUACUGAAAGGAUGGAGGGACUAGACAUUGUUCACUUGAUGCAUUGUGCAUUGUGCAUUGGGUGGCUGACCUAAAAACAAAAGUGAUUAUAUUUUCCGGAUAGAGUUUUUGUCAUAGCCAAGUGCAUUGUGGAUCGUCUAAGUCCUGUUGUAGAAAAAAUGGAACCGAACUGAAUGUGUCUUGUUAUAUUUUUCAUAAGGAAGAUCAUUUUGCAAGGUAUGGUGCAAAUGAAUCAUGACACAUAUUUUUAUCUGUUCACAUGUUUUGUGAAUUGAGCGGAAUGACUGCUGUGAAGAACUAGGGGGUGGAGAGCGGCAGCAUGAUUUUGCAUUUUACAUGUUGCGUUUGAAAAGCGGCAUGUGUCAUGUUCAGGAGUCUGACUCAUUAUUAUAAUGGUCCUUUACAGUGUUGACUUGUGCAUCUACAGUGACUUGUGAGUUCAUUGUGAAACACAGUCCAGAGCUUGACAGUAAUAUGUCAUGACAAAUCAGAUAAUCGAAUGAGAACUCACCCUCUACUCUCAAGACUUACUGGAAAUGUAGAUGGGUUUUCUAACAUCUGAAUGGUCAAUCUUUAUCUUCUUUAGUAUGAAGCAGUCAGUUUAAAUAAUUUUCCAUAUGUCAGAUUCAAUGUGUUUCUUUUCUAUUUCAAAACAAUGUCAACUUCUUUUCUAAGCACACAUUUUCACUAUUUUCUGUACAGUAACAUGCAAUAAAUUAAUACAUUAAA